AUGACUUUCCUGUCACCAAUCACCUUCUCGGAACCAGAAAUUCAGAUUCUCCACAUCAUUGUUUCACUACGUAAGGAAAAGAACCUGAAAAUGAUAGCCGCUGGUUUAAUAACGUACAACAGCAACAACUAUUCUUUUGAAGAGCAUCGUAAUUUAACCCUUGGACCAAUCAACCUCAAGGCAAAUCAGGCCAUUAUGACCGAAUUCGCGAGCAAAUUGUCAGAACCGAAAACCUGUCACCUAAUGGCAAGCAAACUGCCGUCUCCUUACACAAGAAGUGGGAGAAUAUUCGCAUUCAUAUCGUCCAGUAAAAUAAAAAGAAUGAAGUUUCAAGUGGCAUUUGUCCCAGUGAGGUGUUAUUUGAAUCUGUGGUCACAAACAGUCGAAAAAAUGAAGGAACGCUUGUCUGGCUCACUUAAAAUAACACCAAUAAUCUCCUUAUCCAAAAGCGUUGCAUCUUGCUCCAAGCUUCCUGCUAGCAUAACGAACAUGCGCUGUUUGAUUUAUACGCCAACUAAUCUGAGAAGAAUUCCUGGGUCCCAAUUCCUGGCAGAUUAUUUCAAACCACCAGAGAGGGAACACGCAAUGAUUGGGCGUUAUUCAUUGAAGUCAAAUUAUUUAGUGACUGAGCGGGCCCAAAAGCUAGAAAUCGCGCUUUCAUGCAAAAUAACCAGGAAAACCGCGGGAACUGUGCCGUCACAAAUUCACAGUUGGACUGAAAUCCUCAAGAAAAAUUGCAAGACACAAGGAAGUUCGACCCCGUAUACAGACAAGUUUGCUGUCGCACAUUAUUCCUGUUCGACUACAAAUGGCUUUGUCAUGCCUUACGCGGUACAGAAAUGGAUCCCAAAUACUUCUUCUAGGCCUAAAACAAGUCAUCUAAUUCAAGGAUCAUAUUGUACGGUGGAACUAGACACGUACAAAAUGGACCGGAUAAGCGCAAUGGAUCCACCGUCCCCGGAAAGACACACACUUAGCACAGCUGAUAGAGAAGAUACAUUGGUUCAUGAUGCUUAUGUGACGUUAUCAAAUGACAGACUCUUUGGCAAUAAUCUGCUGACCAAUCAAAGGGAACCGUUCAAGUCUCUGGCUUUGCCAAUCACAUACGAACAACGCAACGAAAUCCGUUCAGCUCCAACAAGUACCAUACCUCAAGAUCAGAUCUAUCUUCGGCCUAGCCCUCCUACGUUGCAAGGGAAUAAGUUGUGUCGAAGUAGACCGCGGGUCAAAAGUCAACAACAUGGCAAACAGAGCGUUGUUGCCCACUUCAGUGAAACCGUUCAGUCGCAAGACUGGCAUUUCACAGAUCAAGGAAGAUUAAAAGAAUACCCAAACCACCAUUUACAUGAAGUUCCAUGCAACUCCAGUGACAUCCUAUUGAACACCGAAGAUGAGGUGAGCGAAUCGCGCUGUGAACGCCGUUCCAAACACUGGGUACCUGCAGAGCGAGAGAAGGAGGGAAAUUCUAUUGAACAGGUACAACGCUUUGGUGACAGCAGUGAUAUGUGCUCGAAGGCUGUCAGUUCAUACAACGAGGGCCCAUACGAAACAGAAAAACAGGCAAUAUGCCGGGAAACCAAGUGGUCCACAGCGGAGUCAAGAGCCAGAAAAAAAUUGACCCAUGAUUCCAAAGGUCGGGACUCGCACUUCAAAAAGGCUAACAGGAUGUCAAGCACAUCCAGAAGCUCUUCACGCUCAGAUUCAAGCGCUCCAAGUUUCAGAAAACCGCGCAAGAAAGAAAAGGGAGAGCGAAGACAUUCCUAUACAAGAAGGUCCGUUAAAAGUCUUUUACGUCAAUAUGAACGUUUGACAAAGCAGCUGGUUCAAACAAAUAAAUCGAUUGUCGAAGCCUGCGGUAGAAAAAAAAUCCGAUUUGGUCAAGCGAUGGAUGAGUACUUGUCAAGUACAAGUGAAAGCAGUACAAGUACCACACAGAAUAAAUCGCCUGGCAAAGUCAUCAAUCCUACCAAGGCAAUCUUAAAGCGCCUUGACAAGUUGUGCAGCACAGUUCUUGAUGUGUCAAGCAAGAACAAUCGGACUGCAGAGCCAGCAGUUUUGACAGAAACACCGAAUGUUCUACGGGAGGCAACUAAGCAAGCUGAUCAGCUGAAGUCACUGUUUGCACGCCCUACCUUAAAUCCUAAUUUAUUGUCGGCUGGCAACGAAAUGCAAACUUCGUUAGAUUCCACACAGAGUAUUCCAUUUGGUACCUAUCAACUUCCUCAAAGUCAACACCAGCUGCAGGGGUAUGGAAAUCAACCAACUGGAUAUCAGGUUGCAGCCGUGAUGAUGCCUCCAAACGAUUUAUAUGAGAACCAUUGGCUUGGACCAGCAAAGAAGGUUCCUUUGGGGAACGGCCCACCUGCACAGCGUUAUCACUCAACCGUCCCCUGGUCUCAUCGUGCCACUGAGUUACCAUUGCCGGACGAUACAUCACAAGACGACACAGACUCUCACAGACGAUCAAAGUCUCGCAAAAGACUGAAAAAGAAAUUCAGGCAGAAAAGCCGGUCCAGAAGAGCAGCUCAUUCGCGCCAAGACGAUUUUAUAUCAGAAUGCAAGGCACACGUCGACGGACACCAGCAUCACUGGGCAUCCUACUGUGGGUCUCAACUGCUGGUACAUCCCAACAAUGCCAGACACACGGGUUGCUGUCACUUCGGUCAUCACGUGAAUCCAGUACAUACACACUCUCAACAAAACAUGCAUCGCAUUCAAAGUGUUGGCUUUCCACCUCCUUAUCACACUCAUCAUUUAAAAUGUGCUGGUCAUCCUCAAGUCGUUCAGCUGCCAUCAUCUUCAUCACUAUCAUCAAAAACUGCGUCUUACUCUGUUCCAUCUUACUCUGUUUCACACUCUGAACCUUGUAAGCAUGGUUAUCAGUCAAACUUAUCAAGCCACGUACAUGCAGUGAGUCAAUGCCCGACAAGUAGUUGUUGCGUGGGUUCGCAAUCCAAAAUGUUGGAAAGACCACCAAACCUUUCCGCUCAAGCUCCUCAGACGAGUUGCUAUCAACAUGUUGACUCUGGUAUUUACGUCAAACCAAUGUCAGAACAGCGGAGACUAUUUCCAGGUGAGGAGAACGUAUCUCAUAGUACCUAUUACCAAAAACCAAGUGGUUCCUCCGAUCAAUGUAUAAGUGGUUAUUUGGAUGGUAGGUCUAAGGUGAACACAGCAGGUGCCCCAACAGCACAACAAAGCUACUCGAUGUCAGAGUCCUCCCAGUUGCCAGCUGGAUUUUUUGGGAGUGGUUUGCCCAGGUCUCCAAUCUUACAAAAUACCAAAUCCGGCAAAACUGAUGAUAAGCUUGUCCAUCAGGAAUCGCCUGUGAGCAGUAAUCAUCCGAUUGGAAACAUCGAUGGAAGUGUUUCGAAGAUUCUUCAGCAACAAGACUGUCAAAACCAUCUUUUUUCAAGGCAACCUGGAGGACCGAAUACAAUGAUGUCUUUUGAUGGUGUCGAUGAAAAAGGACUCCUCGAUAAUGGCAAUGAUUUGGGACAGGCACAAAUGCAGGGCCUUUCGACAAACGAGAGACUUGUGAUACCCGCUCGAGUAGAUGAUGGCAGGGCACUGGAAAAUAUCCGAAUAAAUGAUCAUGAAAAGGGAUCUAUUGGACAACCACGAACUCAUAUCGUAAAUCAAAACACAUCACAUGUCAUGUCUUCUCAUGCAAUUGAUCAGCAAGGUUCGCCCCAGCUGAUGCGGUCAGUAAUAGCGAUGAGGGCCAAUUUGGCUUCUGAUCCUACAACUACCGAAGACUGGCAGCAAGUAGAAGCCAGAUUCGAUAAACUUCAACGCGAAAAGAUAAGCAUUGAAGGUAGACUCUGUCGAACUCCUCAGAAUGGUCGAGAGAACGCCGAAAAGAAGCGCCUUACUGAAUAUUUGGCCAAACUGGACGCUGAGAUAUCAGCGCUAAAACUGUUGCUUCUCAAACGCUUUAAUGAGGUGAGGAAACGAAACAUCAGGAAAGGCUAGACCCAGCGCUCUUCAAAGUAUAAGUUAUAAAGUGCUUUGAGACAUCCAUAUUUCUCAGCACUCCACCUAUACUUUCAAAACAUUACGCAUGUGGUCCAUUAAAUCUUACGUUUUGCUCGAAUGUACGAUUUAUUUUUGUGUAUGCCUAUUAUUUCACGAAUACUACAAAAACU